AGAGACAGCACACAUCCAUCCAUCUAUCCAUCCCUGCUGUUCACUGUUUAUCGCUAUCUGUAGUCUGUGCUGCGAUGUUGAUCCUGGACAUUUUGUCCCCUCUCCUCCUCCUCUCCAUCCUGUUGCCGGGCUACGGUUGCCGGGCGGCGGACAUUCCGGAGGACACUACAUCAGAGUUCUCGGUCAGACUGUACCACCAGCUGCAGGCAGCGGGGGGUCAGGAAAACAUAAUUUUUUCCCCACUGAGCGUGGCCGUGGCCCUGGGCAUGGUGGAGCUGGGGGCUAAAGGGGCAUCACUGGAGGAGAUACGACAGGCUAUAGGAUUCAGCCACCUGCUGCCAGGUGGAGAGUUUUCUCUGCUCCAGAACCUGACAGCGGCGAUGUCGGAUGACGACGCCCACUAUGUGAUCCGAUUUGCCAACAGCCUCUUCCUGCAGGAGGGCGUCACCUUUAAUCCUGAGUUCCUGCAUCUGAUGAGGAAGUAUUUCCGGGCUGACGUGGAAACAGUAGAUUUCAGCGAAUCAGCGGCCGUGGCCGAGCAGAUCAACAGCUGGGUGGAAAAUCAUACCGAGAGUAAGAUCCGUGAGCUGUUAUCAGCCGAAGACUUCAGCAGCAUGACCCGUCUGACACUAGUGAACGCCGUCUACUUCAGGGGCUCCUGGAAAAACCAGUUCAGGCCAGAGAACACAAGAACCUUCUCCUUCAGCAAAGAUGACGGCUCUGAAGUCCAGACACUCAUGAUGUACCAACAGGGAGACUUCUACUACGGUGAGUUCAGCGAUGGCUCCCAGGAGGCUGGUGGUGUCUACCAGGUAUUAGAGAUGCCCUAUGAAGGAGAGGACAUGUCCAUGAUGAUCGUCCUGCCUCGACAGGAGGUGCCACUGGCUUCACUGGAGCCCAUCAUCAAAGCACCACUGCUGGAGGAGUGGGCUAACAAUGUCAAACGGCAGAAGGUGGAAGUCUACCUACCUAGGUUCAAAGUGGAGCAGAAGAUUGACCUGAGGAGCACUCUGCAGGAGCUGGGAAUAAAGAACAUCUUCACCAGCGGUGCUGAUCUCUCCGCCAUGACAGAUGGUAAAGACCUGUACAUUGGCAAGGCAGUGCAGAAGGCCUACUUGGAGGUGACUGAGGAGGGAGCUGAGGGAGCUGUUGGGUCAGGAAUGAUCGCCCUGACCAGGACUUUGGUGCUGUACCCCCAGGUCAUGGCUGAUCACCCAUUCUUCUUUGUCAUCAGAAACAGAAGGACAGGGUCCAUCCUGUUCAUGGGCAGGGUCAUGACCCCUGAAGUCAUCGAACCCAAUGACCAUGACUUUGACUCCAUGUAAGCAUGGUGUGAGGUCACUCAAUCACAGCCAAUCAGAUUCUGACGUCAUAAACGCUAUCUAUCCUCUAUCGCCAUCUUCAGCUGUGUUUUAUACUCUUUAUGAAAAAAAAUUAUAUAAACUGGAUAUUACACCAUAUAUUAUAUAUUGAUAUAUGACAUACAACACAUAAUGUGACUGUGUUUUGAUACUGGAAGCUUUAAACUCCUGGAUACAGACAUGCAGAGAGAGAAGGUUGUAAAUAUUCUCUAGUGAAGGAGGGUUUGUAUAUGAGCAAGAAGAACACAUUAUUCGUAAUCCACGCACAACCCCUUUAAGUUCAGCAGCUUCUUAUUUACCUGCUCAAACACCGACGAUGCACAAAAACAAUUUUGUCUCUUCUUCUUAAGUAAAAUUACCCUUUCUUACUCCAGAUACAGUAUGUGCACACUGUAAGUUUCACAUUUUAAUUAAAUCCCUGUACAUUUGACAUUGUGUUCUAUAUAUACAUAUAUAUGCCCAGUAUUUAUUGCAGAAUAAACAUGUGCAAACAUUUUGUCCUUAUACAAUGAAUCUUAGUAAUAUAUCUGUUCCAGACAGUAUUCUAGUCAUUUUUUUACACUGUAGGCACAUGGCUAAACUGCUGAUGAACUAAUAUGCCUUAUCACAUCUGAGUGGUUGAUUAAGCCCCAGCUGGGCAUCUCACAGGUGAGCAAAGGAGACUGCGUAACUAAGGCGGGUUGCUAUAGAGACGGACUGGAGCAUGCAGGCGCACUGAAAACAGAUCUGCUGCACUGUUUUGGAUGUACAUACAGGGAGAAACAGUAACACCAGCUGUAUUCAGUCUUUUACUCAAUAAAA